AAAAAUUAUUUGACAGUUUACAUUAAGAUGGCGAAUGUGCGAGACAGCGACACAUCAUUGUGGCUGCAUAAUAAACUCGGAACAUCAAAUGAUUCGUGGAUAAGUGGUUCAAUAUGCUCCCAAUUAAACAAGGAAGUGUUGCGCAACAUCAAGGAGUGUUUUCCCGAUCUUCAGACCCAAGUGAAAUUGAAAUUAUUGCUAAGUUUUUUCCAUAUUCCGCGUCGUCUUGUAGAAGAGUGGAAAUCCGAAUUAGAAGAAGUCAUAGAAGUCGCAGGUCUAGACUCGGAAUUAUGGGUGUCCAUGUUAGCCGAAAGUAUGAAAACAUUUCCAGCGACAAGUUCGCUCAAUACAGAAAUCUCAGAUUAUGAGGACACACGGCCAAUAUUCACCGAUAUGGUAAAUGAUUUACGCAAAUUGGUUGCCAAACACAGUGACUUGGGUAUGUUGCCACUGGAGUGCCAAUAUCUCAAUAAGAAUGCAUUGAUAUCUGUGGUUGGCCAGCAACCCAAUACCGUUAAGCAUUUCACAAUUAAACGCAAACCAAAAAGUGCCGCUUUACGUACUGAGCUCUUGCAUAAAUCUGCAGACGCCCAGUCUUCAUUGAAAAAGACGUCUGCGCCCACAAUACCGCUUAGAUCGCGUGGAAUGCCACGCAAGAUGACAGACACCACCCCGCUCAAGGGUAUACCUUCGCGAGUACCAACUUCAGGCUUCCGCAGUCCCAGUAUUAAUGCCUCUAAUGCGCAGCGCCCGAAUAUGAGCCGUACACCAGCUGGGCGAAAGGAUGGUGGAAUUAAAUUAAUUGAAUUAUCUGAGCAACCACUUGGCUAUGCUGCAGCCAAGAAGCGUAAGCGAGAGCAACAAUUGGAAGAGCAAGCUCGUAAGCAGGAGCAAAAAGCUGCAGCAGCCGCUGCAGCGGCUUCAAAUCCAAUGGAUAGCAGCACAUCACCAUCUACUGCAAACAACUCUGGCCAAGUUGGGGGCAAGGAGGCGUCUGCGACUACACCAACAACACCCACAUCGGCUAACAACAGUUUUGAAAUUAAAACCGAAACCAAUCUCAAUCAGAGCCAAAACAGCAGUGCCGAUGAGAGUGGCCAUAUCUCUGACUCUAAGGAGGAUAUCAAGCCAGACAUUAGCCAAACCAUUGUUGUCAAAUCUUCCGACAAAUCAAGUACAACAACACCAGAGUAUGCACCGCCUUCUUUGAGCUAUGUUCAAAGCACGCCAUCUGGUAUCUCGGACAAUGUCAAUGCUGCCAGUGAAAUGGAGGAUAGCAAGCCCAAUACGCAAAAACUUAUAGACUCCAUGAUGCAACAGGCAUCUGCGGAGAAAUCCGCUAUUGCUGUGUUGCACCAGCAACAAACUAGCCAACAAUCGGCACCUACCAACAAUAGCACUAACAAAGCCUCCAAUUUGAAUCAUAUCCACAAACGUAUUAAGCAAGAAAUUAAAAUAGAGAGCGAAGAAAUAUUGGUGCCGGCCACUAUUAAAGUCGAGAAGGUGGAUCCUCCUCCCCUAACCCAACACGUACAGACGUCAACACUGGGGCAACGGCUGCACCAGCAGCAACAACAGCAGCAGCACCAAACCCAAAUUCACCAACAACAGCCUCAGCAAAGGGUUAUUAUUCAGCAACAAACCACAUUGCCUACUCUACAACAGAUACAACAUACCACAACUAAUCAACAACAGCAGCAACAGCCAACGCAGCAUGUGAUUAUUCGCACUUCGCCGCAACAUCAAAAGCAAACAUUGACCGUGAGGCAACAGAAUACGACAACAACGCCCAUCAAAAUGGAAAAGUUAGAAAUUAAACCACUCGUUCGUAGCACUCCACAACCGGGAAGCAUUAUAACGCAACAGCAGCCUAUGCGUCCUGUAAGUAAUACUGUUACCACGGCUACCCACAAUCCAUUGGCCAAUUUGCCCAACAAUAUAUCGGUCAAAAUAACGUCUACGAAGACGGGCAAAGUUACACAACCUAAUAGCCAGCAACAGUCGCAACAGCAACCAAUACUAAUAAACAGUUCCACACCGGUUAUUUUGGCAUCCACACCUUCACAGACGGCUGCCUUGCGACAAAAGCAGUUGGCCUCUGCUACGGCAUCGUCUCAAAAUGCCACGCCGCAAACCGCUCAAGCCAUUAAAUCUAUGCCUUUGAGCCAGUUGAAGAAUGCUACAAACAGUGGGCCGGUCAUUAUAUCGCAAACCAUCAUACAGCCAGCAAAGCGGGCUCAACAGCAACAGCUGCAACAGCAACAACAACAGCAGCAGCAACAACAACAACAGCAGCAGACCCAACAGACUCAAAUAAUACAACAGCAGCAGCCUACAACCACCACGCAAUACAUAUUGACACAGCAACAACCAACACACCAACAACAACAACACCAGCAGCAGCAACAGACGUUACCAACAUUAACGACAUUUACGCCACAACGUCAACAACAAACUACAUACCAAACAACACCAUCUACGCCACAAACGCCCACAUCCACUAAGAUCCUUUUGAAGACAUCGCCCACCUCUUCGGUCGUCAUACGCCAACAGCAGCAGCCAUCCACACAACAACUCGUUACCGGAAGCAGUGGCAAUCCGCCUCCAUUAAUAGCAUCUUCAACUUCUUCGUCGGCCACUGCUACACAGCCGACACUGUUGAAUAUACAAAAUGUACAAUUGCCUAAUCGUCCCGUAACCAUACAACCCGCAUCACACGCUGCCCAACAACAGCACAUGCAGGCUCAGCUGCAGCAACAACAACAGCACACAUUGGUCUCCAAUAAUACCGCUACGCAACAACCUAAACUCACACAGGUCCUCAUGCAGCCCAGCGGCAAUGCCACAACUGUGUCUGCACAAUCCGGCUCAUCAGGCAAUGCGAAUGUUAAGAAUAAGACGAUAAUAUUGACGCAAAAGGGUGUAAUUCUCAGAAAUAUUGGUGGCGAUAUGUAUCAGCAAAUACCAAUUAGCAAUGUCAGUGGUUUGCAAUCUCUCGGCUCUGGUGGCACAACGCUUAUGACAACAGCGGCUGGUCCGCCUGGACUUGUGAAAACAACAUCGGCAUCCUCGGCCCUUCAACACCAGCAACCUCAGACCAUAACAUUGCAACAACAACAACCUUCCCAACAGACGACACAGGCAACACAAAAGUUGACUACAUUGAUACCAACACAGCAGCACAUGAUCGUACAGCAACAACCACAAGCAUCAACAAGCUUACUUACAAAUCAACCUUCGCAACAGACGAUUAUUAGACCCGUGAUGACCAACGUCCAGAGUGGCCUUACCACAACGUUGCCGGGUGGACUAACUCUAAUACAGAGGCCAGGCCAACAGCCUCAAUUGGUACAAGUGCAGACUACAGCGGUGCAGUCACAGCAACAGUCGACGACACAAAUUCAGCGUACCAUUAUUACGCAACCAGCCUUGCAACAGCAGCAGCAACAAACUGCUCAAUUGCGCCCUCAGCAAAUUGUAUUGCAACAGAAACCGGCAACAACGCAACAACGUUUAAUAACAACCACUGCGGGUGGCAUAGCUGCGGCGACAGGUGCGGCUACCCAGCAGAUUCAAUUGCAGCAGACAAAUUCGGGUGGGCUGCAACGCACCCAUAUUAUCCAAAUGCCACAGCAGCAGCAACAGCAACCCCAACAAGCUGCUCCAAACCGCAAAGGCUUAACGCUGUCGAAUGAGCACGUUCAUAAGGCCCAUGAAAUGUUCCGUAAAGCCAAUCGUGUUUCCCGCCCCGAUAAAGCUUUAAUUUUGGGUUUUAUGGCUGGUAUGCGUGAAAAUCCACGACCGAAUUCAGAAAAUGUGAUUGUUAUUAAACUGGGAGAAUCGGAGGAAAAAGUUCAACAAGAAGAUGGGCAAACAGCUCUUUGCUUGGUUGAGUCUCACAUACGAUUGGAUUACAACACGGGAGAGUGGAAAACAUUCCGAAAUUAUAGACGUCUGGAUCAAAGCAAUCAAAGUUCCGGCGAUAGUGGCGGUAAUAAUGUAAUGCAAACCCAAAAUUCUGUGGUAAUAUAAUGAAUAAGGCCCGCUGCUACAACGACGGGCCCGACAACAUCAAAACGUUUGAAGAAGUAAAUAUGCAGAGACAUGCUACCAACUGGCUUCAGCAGAACAUAAAACCAACCAAUUGUAAUAAAAACUCCACUCAUCAUAUAGGGAAUGCAUAGAGAGAAGCGCUUUAACAUAGUAAAGAAACAUUUCACAUUUGUUUCUCAACAUAACAUAGGCAACAACAUCAACAUCAACACAAUCAUCAUCAUUAGCAUCCAAAUCAUACAAAAGAAACCUACUUAAACACAACUCAUAUGUAUCUCUAAUAUGUUGCUGUCUCUAGGGAAACAUCCUUAAUGUAGCGGAAUAAUAGAAUUAACACAAACACACAUACGCCCAUACAAUAAUAAUCUUAAGAAUUUGCUGCUGAAUAUUGGUAAGUAAUAGCGCCCAGCAUUUUUCUUACUGCAAGUUCCGUUUCAGUUUCCUUUCCCAAAUGUCAUAUAUUCAGUUUGCUAUUCUGGACUGACUGCGUCCUGUUCUCUAACAAAACGGACCUUUGCUUAGAAACCUCUAAACAAUACCAUAGAAACAAUAAAAUGUUCUUAAAACAAAAAAAAACCAACCUUUCCCCGCCACCACCCCCAUACCAACCCAAAAAACAAAAUAACAAGGAAACAUAUUAUAUUUAAAUUAACUAUAAUAACUACAUAUACAUAGGAAGAAGAAGAAGAAAACACAAAUUCAAAAAUGAAGAGAUGUGUAUGUAAAACGAUUAUUAUUAAUUUAGUUGUACAAAAAAUUAAAAGAAAAAGAAAAAAAACAAAAACAACAACCCUGGUAGUUUAUUCAUAACACUUAGAUUUAUUUAAAGAAACUCUAUAUAUUAAAUAUAUAUAAUAAGAAAUGAUCAGAAUAUAUGAAAGAAAGAAAAAACACACACACACACAACUUAAAAGUAAACAUUAUGCCCAUUUAUAGUUAUCCAAUUCCUCGUUUUUAUUUUUUAAUAUUUUCUAUCCACUCGUCUAUUGUUCAUCAAAUUUGUCCAAAGUUUUGUUUUUUUGUGUAAUUUCCUUUACUGUAGUAGUCCUUUAUUGCUUAAUUAGUGUCCUAUUCGACAAUUAAAAUCAAAAAUAAAAACAGCUUAAAGAGCUUUCCACAUUCUGUGAAUCUAAAAUAUUCAAAAUUUUCUUUUAUUUUUUAACCUGGUUUUUUUCGCAGUUUUGUUAGAGGUUUAGCAAAAACAAAAAGAAAUACAUAUUUAACAAAGUCAUUUUUAGAAAACAAACAAACAAACAAGCAUACAAGGUCGAAUAUAGAACGAGCGUUUAACAAAUAAUAGUAAUAAAUAACAAUAAUAAUACACAAGUAUAUAUAAUAAAGAGAAAAAUAAUAAUUAUUUGGCUUAUAUAACAGGUAUAAAUUAUUAAAUUUUAUUCAUCAA